UAACGAACGACAGGGGGAGCGAUUCGUGAAAAUUUAUCCAGGAGAUGUUAAUUUUAUCGUCUGCCGUCCAUUACAAAUUUUCGUAUUUUUCUACGUUUUAACUUAUCCGCAGAAAAAACACAUGAGGCUGGUUGAAAACUUGCAUUACAAAUAUCUGCCUAUAGUGGCAAAUGGUAAAGAUGGCAGAUGGUGCAAAGAAGCCUAUCAAGAUAAUUGGAAAUGACAGUUUAGCUACCAGAGUAGCUGCAUUUCAAAAGAAAGCUGAGGAACAUAAAGCAAAGCAAAAGAUAAAUCCAUUUUCUGAAUGGGCUGAUACUACCGAGCGCCCUGUUUGGGACAAAAAUGAUCCUCGUUAUGGCCGUCCAAUUGAAGGCUCAAAAACAGAAAAGCGUGGAAUUCAAGCUGGUCAAUUGAUUAGCGGUGAAGUUCAACUACUCUGUGAUUUAAUAUACCAAUAUGGACAUCCUCUUCCAGACGGAAAAACAGUCAUAAGUUUUGGAGAAUUAUUUGAGAUGUACACUAGAAUUUCAAAUAAAGUAGUAGGUAUAUUGAUGAGAGCAAGGAAACAUGGUCUUCUUACUUUUGAAGGAGAGAUGUUAUUUCAGAGAAGAGAUGAUCAUGUAGUUAUAACAUUGAUCAAGACCAUUGAAGAAUUACAUGAAAUAUUUGGAAUUCAAGGUCCUGUUCCCACAAGAAAACGUUGCGAAGAAGUUGAAGAGGAAGAUGAUGAUACAGAAAAACGUUACGAAGACGAAGAGGAAGAUGUUGCAUUUUUGGAUGUUACAAAAUUUAAUUCUCGUAAAUAGAUUAUAACACUAUACAGUAUUCUUGUCAAAUUAAUGACAUAAUACAGUUGUUAAAAGGUUUGUUAAAAAUUUUAUUGAAGAAAGAGAAAGCUUUAAUUUUUUUUAUUUAUGUGAGCAAUAGAGUUAUAUUUUUGCUUAUAUUAAUAUUGUAUAUUGA